AUGACGAAGACUAGAGCGCAAAGAUCGAACUCACCUGACGACGAUGCAGAUCGUGCGUCGGCCCCCAUCUUCACCCCCAUCUUGCCGCCGAGGAUCACCAGCACGUCCCACGCUGCUUUGGUGAAGUGGCGGAAGGAACGCCGCGAGUACGAAUACACUAUCCUCAACCGUGCGAAGGGUGAGACGGACGAUCUGAUUGUCCCGAUCAAAAACACGUUCGACGAAGGACUGCUCAGGCAGUGGUGUCGCUUGCGUUGGAAGAUGUCCAUGUCGGACGUCACCGACGAGACCAUUCUCACCGAGGUGGACAAAAUCAUCUCGGCGGUGAGAAACAACAGUGUGCCGGAUAUUGACCAGGAAAUGGCCGAGCACCUACGCAUGGAUUUAAGUGAGAGUGACCAAUUGUGCUCCAUUUUGAUCAAGUCGCUCGAACCAAAGGCACUUCGCGAGGAAGUCGAUCGGACUGCACGUUUUCAAACGUGCAAAGCGCGCGAGGACGAGGUGGUUCUACACGACUUGAUUCUCGAGAAAGCCCUCGACCACGAGAAGGCCUACCAGAGCCAACGACGCGCCAAGCGCCACCGUGAUCGCGGGGAUCACCGACCAAAAACCACGCCAACACCAUGCCCACACUGCGGUGACCUCCAUUGGUUCUCCGAGUGUAGUAAGGCCACGGAUAGUGAGAAAGCUGAAAUACGCAGGAAAUUGCGUGCUCAGCGUGGCGACCAAACCAAACGCGAGCUCAUGCUUCGCGACCCUGCGAUCAAACUGACCCGGCUCAGUACACCAUUGGUAAUUGUCUGUGUUGCCGACCAUGCGAUUACCUGCACCACAUCGGUGCAACUUCGGGUGCUUUUGAACACCGCGUCUGGGCCAGUCGCAAUUCAUGAACCUGUGGAAUGCCUCGUUAUCAAUGAUGACGAUCCAGAA